AUGAUGGUGGAGUAUUGUCAGUGUGUGAAUGACAUUCCAUCAGCAGCAUCAGAUCUGUUGUCUAGACUUGUAGACCUCUUCAAAUUGUUCAUGCUAUCGAACUUUGACCUGGAUAUCGGAACAUUCAAUGCUGUGUUUCCAUGGUCACAGGUGGAGGAGUGCAAGAAAAAUGGAGGAUCAUCCCAGUUCUCCAAACUUCAACAAGAGAAGUUGAGUCAUUACCUUGAUAUUGUGGAGGUUCACAUAGCAAAACAGAUUUCUACCAAAUCUGAUGUCUUCUUCCAAGCCGUUUCAUUACAUGACAUUCUACAGGACAACAUGCUGAAGACAUGUCAGACCAUCAAACAACUGAGCUGGCGCCGGUACAAGAUCCACAGCAUUGAUGAACUCUUGACCCCGGGGUCACUUAAGAUAAUCAAGCUGUCCCAGACCAGGGCUUAUUAUGUCAAACUUCAUGAUAAUUUCUAUUUACAGUCCAUUCAUUAUUUGCACACAGCUAAAGUUGAUGUCUACGGUCCACUAAACCCAACCAACCAUAGCAUACAACUAUUACUGUCCACUCAAAAGAUUGUAAGUGCAUUAGAUCUCAUACCUACCACUCAAGAAGUCCUGACACAGGAACUGGCAGGAGUCCACAGCUUCAGACACCUUAGUUCCCAGCUGGCAGAACUUGAGAAUGUCAUAGAGAAAAUGUUUCAAGAGGAUUUGGCUAAGUGUAUGUUUGCUGACCUCAAUCGUCCUGUCACAGUCAAGGAACCUUUGUUGGAGGAGGAGAAGAUUGCCUCCCUUGUGUUUGGAAUGCUCAGGAAAAGUCGCUUUAAUUUUGUCAAUGUAUACAGAGAGGAGGCUUUCACAGCAUUCAAGGCCAUUGUUAAACAGGUAAGUAAAGAGAGGUCAAGGUCAUUGUUAAACAGGUCAGUACAGAGGGGUCAAGGCCACCUUGCAGAUCAGAUGAGGAUGCUGAAUUAUUCUCAGUGGAUGGGAUUGAUUAAACAAAUCUUCUCUAAUUUAUUGGUGCAUCUCAACAGAGCAAAGACAUUCCAUGGUGUAAUCAGUGAUGUGAUUGGAAUAGCAGCUGGAAAGACUCAGGAUGGAUUUUUGGAACAGCUGACUUCCAUUGAAUUUGUGGCUUUGUCUCGAGAGGUUGAAUUUUUCACUGAUUGUGAAACCAUUAGUGGUCGAUGGUGUAUGUCACUGCAAUUCUGUCUACAGUCACAGGCACUUAAAUUUGUGAACAGAUUCCAUGAAGAAAGACGGACCAAACUCAGCCUCAUUUUGGACAAUGAGCGAUGGAAACAAGCGGACCUCCCAGCGGAAUUCCAAGAGCUCGUUAAUCAUAUCACCCAAACAGGUACAUUCAAAUAUAUUGUAUGUCAUGUAAAAAGCAGUUUAGAUAAAGGCCCUACAGAAGUGUUGGUUGUUGAAGAUCAGACAUUUGCAGUUGUAGGGACAGUGAUGAUGCUGUUGAAGAUGAUUGUGGAGUAUUGUCAGUGUGUGAACGAUAUUCCAUCAGCGGCACCAGAUCUGUUGUCUAGACUUGUAGACCUCUUCAAGAUUUUCAAUUCAAGAACUUGCCAGCUGGUGUUAGGUGCAGGUGCCCUUCAACUUGUGGGACUGAAAACCAUCUCCACCAAAAAUCUAGCUCUGGCUUCCAGAUGUUUACAGUUGGUUGUGUACUUCAUUCCUAAAGUCCGCGUCCAUUUUGAGGAGAGACUGGCUUCUAAAAUUAAAACAAUGCUCAAACACCUUGACCAAGUACAGAAGGAUUACUGUGACCACAUUAAUGAAAUAACAAACAAACUUGUGACUGUCAUGGAGGGGGUCAUAGCUCAACAACUGUCAAAGUGGGAAGUGAAGGCCCCUAUGCCCUCCAUGUGUUUUAGGUCAAUCUGUAAACAAAUCAGCAAAAUGCACGAGGCUGUCCUUGACAUUUUGUUGCCAGAUCAAGUAAAGGAGCUGUUCACCAAGAUUAACAGCUGUUUUAAGAAGUUGAUCAGACAGCAGUUAGUUACUCUAGAAGUCUCCAAAAAUGGAGGACCUCAACAUGGAUUGGUGAUGUCCGACUUAGCGUUCUAUUCGGGAACAUUUAAAACUUUACAAGGGUUGGAGAGUUUAGCACAGGACAUGAACCAUGUGUGGGAUGUAAGGGGACAGCGCCCUCUACAGUCUGACAUUGUCAUUAUUUCUCUUUCUGCAAUAAUAAGACACUGGUCAUUGAAGAGGAGAGAACUCACUCUCUCAUGUAUGAAUGUUCUAAGUUAUAAUUAUGGCAUUUUAAAAACCAAACUUUUUAUUCGUAUGCAUUUUAUGAGACAAUUUAUUAUCUGAUGUCUGUGAUUCUUAAGAAAAGCUGUCAGUGAUGUUUGUACAAAUAAUAAAAAAUAUAUAUUAAGUAACAA